AUGGCCGCUCCGGCCACCUUCAAGGACCGGCAAUUCCUCGCCGUCAUCGGUGAUGAGGAUUCUGUGACGGGUCUCCUGCUUGCGGGGAUUGGCCACGUAACGGACCCCCCAGACUCGCAGCGCAACUUCCUCGUCGUGGACUCCAAGACGGAGACGUCGACCAUCGAGAAGGCCUUUCACAACUUCACGCGAGAGAGGAAGGAUAUCGGCGUGCUAUUAAUCAACCAGCAUAUCGCGGAGCGCAUCCGGCCCACGGUAGACUCGUUCACUGAAGCCUUUCCCGCCGUGCUGGAAAUCCCGAGCAAGGACCACCCUUACGACCCGGAGAAGGACAGCGUAUUACGCCGGGUACGGAAGUUGUUUGGCGAGUAG